UGCAAUCGGGGUCAGCUUAGACGAUCCCCCCUAUAUACUCAAAUUUUAUCCUAGGCUGCCUGUCCUUGCUGCGUAUAUUGCUUAACAAUAUCUCCUGAUUAUCAAUCUGGCCUCGGGACGGAGCGAACAAAGAAUCGUCUCCGCAUACUAAAGCUAGGCCCUAUCUAGCCCCCCAUAUAAGUCCAUCUCUCUCUCAGAUGUGGCGGACUCAUCGAGAAUAAAGGACGCGAUUUGGACACCGGUGCUGGCUAUCCCCCGUUACGUCUGGCCUCGUCGUGGAAUCUUUCUACCCGGUCGAAGAAGCAGCCCGUUAUCCCGCUACGACUGGGUUACGCGAGCCAUCUGUAACCAGGAAGAUCGUCACCGCCGCCGUUCUUAUCCUCACUGUUUCGCAUCAGUUUCCAGAAUCGGGGGCAAACCUCUCCCGAAAGCUCUUUUUUAAGGGCAAAAAAAGUCGCCCGCCAUGUGGGCUAGCACCAUUGACACCGAGUCCAUCCGCCGGACAGACUCCGGCAGGCCGAAUCUAUGGCAUUCAGAGAGCGCCAGACCAGGUGCAAGUGGGAGUGCACCAGGUUUGGGUGCUCACGCCGACUCUAGUGGGUCCGACGAAGCUGUGAACGGAGAGGGUACUUGGGGUGAACGCGACGUCGGCGGUUUCGACGAGCAAGAGGCACGAGAGGAAUUAGAGGUGCUACGACACAACCUCACGCAGCUUCACAGAACGAGGACCCGAGACACCCAGGCUAGCAGGCGCUUAACACAGGUCCGCACGGGUCGCAGUAGCGCGGCGGAGAAUCCAUCGAGACGGCACACGAGGCAGCUCGGGCCCGGGGACGAAGGGGCUGGCGACAAAGAUGUAGUAGACGAAGAAGACGACUUUGAGCUGGGCAAGUUCAUAAUCGACGGUCACUUCGAGAAGCGUACGGAGUCCGGUUCUGCGAAGAGAGUCGGCGUCAUUUACAAGAAUCUCACGGUCAAGGGUGUUGGAAGUACCUCUUCUUUUGUCCGAACAAUCCCAGAUGCGGUAAUCGGCACCUUCGGGCCUGAUCUGUAUCGUAUCCUCUCUCGUUACAUUCCCUUUCUCCGCUUCGGUAGAACUAAGCCGACGCGGACCUUGAUUAACGACUUCACCGGAUGUGUUCGCGACGGCGAGAUGAUGCUCGUCCUAGGCCGCCCUGGUUCCGGAUGUAGUACCUUCCUCAAAGCCGCCAGCAACAAUUGCGAAUCGUUCGCCGCCGUGGAAGGAGAAGUAUCCUACGGUGGCAUCCCGGCAGCUAAGCAGAAGAAGAUGUACCGGGGUGAGGUCAACUACAAUCCCGAGGACGACAUCCACUUCGCUUCGCUCAACGUUUGGCAGACCUUCACCUUCGCCCUCAUGAACAAGACUAAACGGGCAGCUAAGGAGGAGAUCCCGAUCAUUGCUAACGCGCUAUUGAAAAUGUUUGGUAUCAGCCACACCAAGUACACGCUGGUCGGCGACGAGUACACGCGAGGAGUAUCUGGUGGCGAGCGCAAGCGCGUGUCCAUCGCCGAGACGCUGGCGUCGAAGUCGACAGUUAUCGCGUGGGAUAACUCGACUCGCGGGCUGGACGCCUCGACGGCCCUCGACUACGCCAAGUCUCUCCGCAUCAUGACCGACGUCAGCAACCGCACGACGCUCGUGACCCUGUACCAGGCCGGCGAGGGUAUCUACGAGCUCAUGGACAAGGUCCUCGUUAUCGACCAGGGCCGACAGAUAUUCUCAGGGCCCGCCCGGGACGCCAAGCAGUACUUCACCGACCUCGGCUUCGCGUGCCCGGAGAGGCAGACGACGGCGGAUUUCCUGACCGCCGUUACCGACCCCAACGAACGCCAGUUCCGGCCGGGAUUCGAGGACCGGGCACCGAAGACGGCCGAGGAGCUCGAGAAGGCUUUCCGCGACUCGUCCAACUAUCAAAAAAUGCUGGACGACGUGCGCGACUACGAGGAGCACCUGCACCGCACCGAUUUUGAGGACGCCAAGAAGUUCGAGGGUGCGGUCCAGGAGUCCAAGUCGAAGCACGUCAGCGAGAAGUCUCCGUACACGGUUUCGUUCUUCCGCCAGGUGAUCGCGUGCACGGAGAGGGAGUUCUGGCUCCUCUUCGGCGACGUGACGACGCUGUGGACCAAGUUCUUCAUCAUUGUCUCGAACGGCCUCAUCGUCGGCUCGAUCUACUACGGCCAGCCCUUCUCCACCGCCGGAGCAUUCUCUCGCGGCGGCGCGCUCUUCUUCUCCAUCCUCUUCCUUGGCUGGCUGCAGCUGUCGGAACUGAUGAGAGCCGUCUCGGGGCGGGCGGUCGUCUCCCGCCAUCGAGAUUACGCCUUCUACCGCCCGUCUGCCGUCUCGCUCGCCCGCGUCAUUCAGGAUAUCCCGGUCGUCUUCGUUCAGGUCUGCAUCUUCGGCUUGGCCAUGUACUUCAUGACCAACAUGGAUAUGGAUGUUAGCAAGUUCUGGAUUUAUCUGUUGUUCGUGUACACGACGACGAUAACCAUCACGGCUAUGUAUCGCAUGUUCGCUAGUCUUUCCCCCGAAAUCGAUACGGCGGUGCGCUUCUCCGGUCUUGCACUCAAUCUGCUCAUCAUCUAUACGGGAUACGUGAUCCCCAAGACGCAACUGCUGAGAGACUACAUCUGGUUCGGCUGGCUCUACUGGGUGAACCCCCUGGCCUACAGUUUCGAGGCCGUCUUGACAAGUGAGCUUUCGAAUCGAGAAAUGGAAUGCGAUCCCCAACAGCUCGUACCUCAGGGCCCCAAUGCCCUUCCAGAGUAUCAGGGCUGUUCUCUCGUCGGCUCUAGGGUUAACUCUCGUACGGUCGCCGGUAGUGAUUAUCUGGACGUCGGCCUCGGUUAUAGUCGCGCCAACCUAUGGCGAAACUUCGGUGUCGUAAUCGCAUUCGCGGUCCUAUAUAUACUUGUCACGGUGAUCGCGACGGAGCUGUUCGACUUCUCAUCGGAAGGUGGCGGCGCCGUGAUCUUCAAGAAGUCUCGCAAGGCCAAGAAGCAAGUGCAAAAGGCAGCUUCAGCCCCUGAUGUCGAGAAGAAUGUGGGCCACGAGAGUAGCGGGUCGUCCGCAACUAGAGUCGGCGAGUCUUCCGCGACGCCAGAGGAGCAGCUCGAUGCUCUUGGACAGCUCACAAAUAGCAACUCGAUCUUCACGUGGAGGGACGUCGAAUACACAGUUCCUUACCUCGGCGGCGAGCGCAAGCUCCUAAACAAGGUGAACGGUUACGCCAAACCUGGCAUCAUGGUCGCGCUGAUGGGCGCUUCCGGUGCUGGAAAGUCGACGCUUCUGAACACGCUGGCGCAGCGUCAGCGUGUUGGCGUCGUCUCGGGCGAAAUGUUCGUCGACGGCCAUCCUCUAGACCCGGAUUUCCAGCGCAAUACAGGAUUCUGCCUCCAGGGUGAUCUCCACGAUGGCACUCAAACGAUUCGCGAGGCCAUCGAAUUCUCGGCGCUACUAAGGCAAGAGGCUUCGAUACCCCGGGCGGAGAAAAUCGCCUACGUAGACAAGAUCAUCGACCUGCUCGAGCUCAACGACCUACAGGAUGCCAUCAUCAGCUCCCUCGGCGUCGAGCUGCGGAAACGGCUUACCAUCGGUGUUGAGCUGGCCGCGAAGCCCUCCCUACUCCUAUUCCUAGACGAGCCUACUUCGGGCCUAGAUUCGCAGUCCGCGUUCUCCAUCAUCACGUUCCUGAGGAAGCUUUGCGCCGCCGGGCAGGCCAUCGUCUGCACGAUCCACCAGCCAAGCUCGGUCCUGAUCCAGCAGUUCGACAUGGUGCUCGCGCUGAACCCGGGCGGAAACACGUUCUACUUCGGGCCCAUCGGCGAGAACGGCCAGGACGUGAUCAACUACUUCGCGGAACGCGGCGCCGAGUGCCCGCCGGGCAAGAACGUCGCCGAGUUCCUGCUCGAGACGGCCGCGCGGCCGCACAAGCGCCCCGACGGCACUAAGAUCGACUGGAACGAGGAGUGGCGGAACAGCGAGCAGGCAGAGAGGGUGGUCGAGGAGAUCGAGGGCCUCAAGCGGAGCCGCAGCACGGCGCAUCCGCAGCAGCACCCCAAGCCGGACGCCAAGACGGGGUCGCGAGAGUACGCGGCCUCUGACUGGGCGCAGACGGUGGAGCUUACGAAGCGCAUGUUCCGGCAGCACUGGCGCGACCCGGCGUACGUGUAUGGGAAGCUGUUCGUGGCGGUGAUCAUCGGCAUCUUCAACGGGUUCACGUUCUGGAAGCUAGGCAACACUGUCCAGGACAUGGAGAACCGGAUGUUCACGCCCUUCUUGAUCAUCAUGAUCCCGCCGACGGUGGUCAACGCGGUCGUGCCUAAGUUCUACACCAACAUGUCGCUGUGGCAGGCGCGCGAGUAUCCGUCGCGCAUCUACGGCUGGUUCGCCUUCUGCACGGCCAACGUCAUCGUCGAGCUGCCCUCUGCCAUCAUCUCCGGCACCCUGUACUGGCUCCUGUGGUACUGGCCGACCGGCCUGCCCAGCGAGAGUUCCGUCUCGGGAUACACAUACCUGAUGACCAUCCUCUUCUUCCUGUUCGUCACCAGCUGGGGCCAGUGGAUCUGCGCGUUCGCCCCCAGCUUCACCGUCAUCUCCAACGUGCUGCCUUUCUUCUUUGUCAUGUUCGGCCUGUUCAACGGCGUCGUGCAGCCGUACUCGCUGCUGCCGGUCUUCUGGAGGUACUGGAUGUACUACGUGAACCCGUCGACGUACUGGGUCGGCGGCGUGCUGGCGGCGACGCUCGACGGCAUCCCCGUCCAGUGCGAUCCUGCAGAGACGGCCCAGUUCGACGCGCCCCCGAACCAGACCUGCCAGUCAUACGCAGGCACGUUCGCACAGGCCGCUGGAGGCUACCUUCUCAACCCCGACGCGACGAGCGACUGUCAAUACUGUCCGUACACCGUCUCGAACCAGUAUCUCACCACGCUCAACAUCAACGCCGACGAGAAAUGGCGAGACUUCGGCAUCUUCCUAGCCUUCUGCGUGUCCAACUGGGCGCUCAUCUACUUCUUCAUCUACACGGUGCGCGUGCGCGGCUGGUCCUUCGGCUUAGGCGCCGUGUUCGGCGCUCUAGGCAAGCUUGUUGACGUGCUCAAGAAACCGUUCCAGCGCUCCACCGCCAGGGAGGCUUGAUCAGACCCAUUCGUUAACCUACCCUGCGUGCACAGUCACACGCACGCCCUCCCCCUCCGCACGCGCAUUGGUCCCUCUCUACUUACCCACGCCCGUUAGCGGUGCGCGUCCGGGGAGGAGGAGGAUUGUGCGCGCGGGCGCGUAAGGAACACCAAUGCGCAGCAUAAACUGCCUCGGAACGACAGCUUCCCUCGCGCCGCUGGCCCGGGCUAUCCUUAGUCCUCUCGCUGAGGGGGCGGCUAGAGAGGUACUACGUAGUUUGUCAACGCCAAGGAUGGGCUCGCCACGCGAGUCGGAUAGCGCCUCGCUGCCCGACGUUAGAGCUAGAGAGCUAAAGGUUCUCGAUUUUCCCCGUUGUAAUGAUUUGCGAAGA